AAAUGCGCGGUGGAUCCUCUUCCCCUCCCCGCCCCUUUGUGCGCCCGCGCUUCCUACAGGAGGCUGGUUCCUGACAGGAGUGUCGGAAGAGUUCCAAGUGCCUGCAAAACCGACGCAGCUGUGCAGGAGGGCGCGUUCGGGUCCUCUUGUCCGCGUGUUCGAGACUCCUAAAGAUGUCAGCUCAAGGCCAUACCUGGUCCCGACAGGUGAAGAAAGAAGAUGAAGAAGAGGACCCACUGGACCAGCUGAUCUCCCGCUCUGGCUGUGCUGCUUCCCACUAUGCAGUGCAGGAGUGCAUGGCCCAGCACCAGGACUGGCGACAGUGCCAGCCACAGGUGCAGGCCUUUAGGGACUGCAUGAGUGAACAGCAGGCAAGGCGACGGGAGGAGCUGCAGAGGAAGAAAGAGCAAAGCAGUGCCCACCGCUGAGAGCCCACACCACCUAUCCCCAGAGGAUGGCCCUGCAGAAACUAGCACCCAGAGAGAUCAUGGGAGAAAGAAAUCCUUCCACAGUGGAAGUGUGGGCCGAGAAGUGUAAGACUUGGGGAUAGUAUUUGGGCCUGGGGUUGAGAGCCAGGCAGCCAUGGGUUUGGACAUGACUGCCAUAAAGAGCAGUCAUAUUGUCAUGUUGAGAUCCCACACAUCCUCACCCAUCUUAUGUCACCGAUAAAAAAUAUUGACCAGUAUUUGCCAUGUAAAACAAAGAAAUGGGUUAAGGGAUGCUCUCCUACGCUACAUCUUGGGUCAGUGUGCCAAGUACUGCGCUGAUUACAUGGACAUUUAAUUUUAAAGUAAAUUUACAAUCUAAAGGUAAAUUGGUUACCUAGUCAGUUCUUCAUUUAUUCAGGCAUUGGUUCAAAAACAUCAAGUUUUUCUGAGACCUUCUCAUAUGCCAGGCACUGUGUAGGAAAUU